AUGUCUUCAGCAGAAGAAGAGGCCAUUGCAAAGUUGUACGCUCAGCGACAGGAGCUCCUAAGGCAGCUCAGUGAAAUCAAUAGCAUUAUUCGCAGUAUGGAGCACCAAAUGAACGAGAAGGGGGCUCAAAAUGGAGCCAAGAUGCACGUGGAUGACACCGUUGUGGGCUGCACGGAUGCCGAACGUGCCAGCAGUGUUCUUGACUCUUGCCUUGGAGACGCUAAUGGUUUAAGAGAUGCAGUGAAGUUAAUUGAUGCUUUCAAGUCCCUUCGUGAAAGUACGGUAGAAGGUGAAAUUAAUGUUCAAAAACACCGGUUUUGUAACACAUUUAUACAUGAAAUGAUUAGUAGAGCACAUAUUCUUAUGCUUGAUCCAAAUGGGAGUGAACUCAUAAUGCACGCACUUACCUUGUUAAAGAAUGGAGAAACUUUGCCUCCUUCUCUGUACUCAAAUGAUGAUGGCACAAAACCAGACGACAAAUUUUCAGAGAUUCUUUUUCUUUUAUCAAAUAUAAAAGAUCAUAUUGAAGAGGUUUGCUGUGAUACAAAUGGUACACGAGUCAUGCAGAAAUUACUUGAUUCACUUAAAACUAUAGAAGAAGUUUUAUUUUGUGCACAGUGUUUCUCUAAUUCUAUUAUUCAACUUUGUAAAGAUAUCAACGGGAGCCAUACUGUUGUUCGUCUUUUAGCUGCAGCACGUUUUCCUUUUUUAACUGAAGAAAAUAACGAGGUAAGUGAUAACGACAAGAAUAAAAUAAUACUUAUUCACCAGUUACUGUAUGAUAAGUUUGCAGAACACUGUGUUGAUGUUUGUAAAAAUCGACAAGGUUGUUGUAUAAUUCAAAAAUGUCUUCAGUGGGCACCUGAGCCAUAUUUUUCCACAAUAAUUGGUAUAGUUCUUGAAAAUACACUCAAACUUGUGCAUGACCCUUUUGGAAACUAUGUGAUACAAUUCAUUCUGGAUCAUGAAGAAGAACUUUCACAACGUGCUAAUCAAAAUUCUGAAACAACAAACUAUACGAACCAGAUUAUACGACAAAUGCUACACAAUGUUGCGUCCCUUUCAUGUGACAAGUUUAGUAGUAAUGUCAUUGAAAAAUGCUUAAAGAUUGCCUCUACAGAUGUAAGGCAACUUUUGGUUGAUGAGUUAACCGAUCCACAGGUGUUACCUAAACUAUUGACUGAUGGGUUUGCAAAUUACGUUAUCCAAACAGCUAUUGCUACUUCUUCAGAAGAAACACAGUUUGCACAAUUACGCAACUCUAUUCUCCCUCUUCAGAAUCUUCUUAAAAAUUCACCAUAUGGUGUUAAGGUGGAAGCCAAACUGGCACGCCGUCACCGUGAAUUGGUUCGUAAACAAUAUCAACAAAAACAGCAGGCUCGGCGGGGCACAGUCCCUUCCCAGCAUGCGGAACAUAGUGGUAAUGAAGCCGCCAUAAUGGGGGCACAAUUUUUUCAUGGUAUGCAACCUAUUCAAACUGUAACAGAAAAUAAAAACCUUGAUCAACAAACGGUUACGUUUUCUAACGUACCAAAAAACAUUCCGUCUAUGAUAACUCAACCGUCUUACAUGCCUUUUAUGUUUCAAGGACAACAAACACUCAUUGGUCUUCAAGGUAAUUCUCAUCAGCCUUUUCAAGUAAACAUGAUGAAAGAAGGCGCUUUUUGGGGACAUCCAUCACCAGGUAUUACAUUGUUCCAGAACCCUAAUCAACGACAAGAAGACAGGUAG